AUGCUGUCUUUUCCCUCACGAGCAUUGACCGUAACAAGGAAAUCACCUCUGUAAGCAAUAAAGUAAUUGAAUGGCUAAUGGCAAUGGGCCAUAUUUGAAAAAUAAGCAACCACGCAAUAGUAUGUAGUUGAUUUGAUGCAGACGCAUUAUGUUUCCAUAGCAAUUGCAAUGGAAAUAAUAUGAAUGAUUAUAAUUAUUAUUAAUUGUCUAUAAAUGGUAGUUUUGAGGGAAGUAAUGGUUUGUUACUUUUGUAGAUCCGUAGAAGCAAUGGCCAAACCGAUUCUUCGUACUGCGGUAACGCGUAGAAGCAAGACCGAAGAAAUUUUGGACGAUAUGAAUUCGGAAGAUGUGAUCGAAUCUUGUCAACGAAGAGGAUUGUGUCCAAAGCAAAAGAUGCGCAAGUGA